UUGUAUCGCAUCAAACACUAUUGAUUUUUCGUCGAAUCAAGAGCUCGAGCCUGUGCCUAAAAUCAGCUUUUAAAGCUAAACGUUACUCGCUAGCAUCAAAUUUAUUGUUGACGUUCACCAUAGGUCUUGCCGAGACUGCCGUUCUGGAUAUUAUGGCUGCUAAUUUGCAACAGCAGCGCACCAUCAAUGAGCAACUGCGUCGGGAGGCGGGGAUACCCCGCAUCCAGGUCUCUGAGGCAUGUAAUGCCAUGAUGAAGUAUAUGAUAGAUCACGAAUCGGAUGAUUGUCUGCUGAGCGGUUUUACCAGUCAGAAGGUGAAUCCGUUUCGCGAGAAGAAUUCGUGCAGCAUUUUAUAAGCUCAAUUUUGAAUAGGUACACAAGUUCCUAGCAGUAUUCAUAAUAUGUAGACAUAAAUAUUGUUUACGUUUUCGCGGCGAACUCUAAUAGACUAGAACAACAACAACAACAGCAAAAUCUAUAAAUGCAUGCAUAUGUGUGUAAUCUUUGAUGUUUCUUGUAAAUGUAUGCUGACCUCAAUUAUGUCUAUAAACUGAACAUAUACAUAAAUAUUGUAGAGAAAUAUUUAUUUAUGUGUGCACCAAAAAAAAAAGGCCAAAAAAAGAAAAUCAACUCGAACCGUCUUUAACAUACAUAUGUAUACAUACCAUGUAUUUUGCUAAUCCUAUAGCUCUUUUUUGGAGAACGGCAUAUUCGCAUAUAUAUAUACAUACGCAAUAAUACAUAUAAUAUACAUAUAUACUAGCAAUUUUCAAUAAAUGUAUGACCCCAACUAAACAUGUUUCCUAUUGAGAU